UGGUGUUAUUCGCCCCGUGUGACCUCACUUCCGCCUUUCAGGACAGGCUUCAACCGGCAUUUUCUUUCCACAGAGCCGGCGACCAUCUCAGGCUGUACCUUUUCACUAAGCCGUGUUAGCCGGUUAAAUACAUCCCUUUUCGACAGUAGUUGGAUUCAAAAUGCCCGGGUUUGCAGACAGAGACCGCGGUAGAGACCGAGGGUAUGGUGGACCCCCUCGUUUUGGAGGUGGUGGUGGAGGUGGCGGAGGCAACAGGGGUGGACCUCCUGGAAAGUUUGGGAACCCUGGCGAGAGGCUGAGAAAGAAGCACUGGAACCUUGACGAGCUUCCAAAGUUUCAGAAGAAUUUCUACCAGGAACACCCUGAUGUCACGCACAGACCAAUCCAAGAGGUUGAACAAUACAGAAGAAGCAAAGAAGUUACAGUCAAAGGCCGGGAUUGCCCCAAACCAAUCAUCAAAUUCAAUGAAGCUGCAUUUCCAAGCUACGUCAUGGAUAUGAUUGUGAAGCAGAAUUUUACCGAGCCAACUCCGAUCCAGUCUCAGGGGUGGCCUGUGGCUCUCAGUGGGAAAGACAUGGUUGGAAUCGCUCAGACCGGGUCAGGGAAAACCCUUGCAUACCUGCUGCCUGCCAUAGUCCAUAUUCAGCAUCAGCCUUUCUUGGAGCACGGAGAUGGACCUAUUUGUUUGGUUCUGGCACCGACCCGCGAGUUGGCUCAGCAGGUGCAACAGGUGGCAGCCGAGUACGGCAGAGCGUCUCGCCUCAAGAGCACCUGCAUCUACGGCGGUGCACCCAAGGGGCCGCAAAUCAGGGACCUUGAGAGGGGUGUUGAGAUUUGCAUCGCCACCCCGGGUCGCCUCAUUGACUUCCUAGAGUGCGGGAAAACAAACUUGCGUCGCUGCACCUACCUGGUGCUGGAUGAAGCCGACCGCAUGCUGGAUAUGGGAUUUGAGCCUCAGAUCCGCAAGAUAGUGGAACAGAUUCGGCCGGAUCGUCAGACGCUGAUGUGGAGCGCCACCUGGCCCAAAGAGGUUCGUCAGCUGGCUGAGGACUUCCUGAAAGACUACGUUCAGAUCAACAUUGGAGCGCUGCAGCUCAGCGCUAACCACAACAUCCUGCAGAUCGUUGAUGUUUGCAACGACAUGGAGAAAGAGGACAAGCUUAUCCGUUUGCUGGAGGAAAUAAUGAGUGAAAAGGAGAACAAGACCAUUAUUUUUGUGGAGACCAAAAGACGUUGUGAUGAGCUCACCAGGAGGAUGAGAAGAGACGGGUGGCCUGCAAUGGGAAUUCAUGGGGACAAGAGCCAACAGGAGAGGGACUGGGUCCUUAAUGAAUUCCGAUAUGGCAAAGCUCCCAUUCUCAUCGCCACAGAUGUGGCCUCUCGUGGUUUAGAUGUGGAGGAUGUGAAAUUUGUCAUCAAUUAUGACUACCCUAACUCCUCCGAGGAUUAUAUCCACCGCAUUGGACGCACAGCCCGAAGUCAAAAAACGGGCACGGCCUACACCUUUUUUACCCCCAACAACAUGAAACAAGCCGGCGACCUGAUCUCUGUGCUCCGCGAGGCCAACCAGGCCAUUAAUCCCAAGCUGAUCCAGAUGGCAGAGGACAGAGGAGGCCGUGGACGGGGGGGAAGAGGUGGCUACAAGGAUGACCGUCGGGAUAGGUAUGGAGGUGGCAGGGGUAACUUUGGUGGUAGUGGUUACAGGGACAAUGACAGAGGGUUUGGUAGUGGGCCCAAAACUGCCUUUGGUGGCAGUAAGGCUCAAAAUAGUGGCAACUACGUAGGAAACAGCGGUAACUCUGGUGGUAACUAUGGCAACAAUUACAACAGCAACGGACAGGGUAACUUUGGACCCCCAAACCAGGGUGGCUUUGGGAACCAAAGCUUCCAAGGCCCUCCCCAGUUCGGCGGCAUGCAGAGACCUGCUCAGAAUGGCAUGAACCACGCGCCAUUCCCGUUCAACUCUCAGCCGCCGCCGCCGCCACAGAACCAGCAGCCACCACCCCCACCACCGAUGGUUCCCUACCCUAUGCCACCACCAUUCCCUCAGUAGACAAGGUCCACACAGAAUAUGGAACAAACUUUUUUUUUUGUCUUGAAGUCCGACAGUCUGAUAUAUUCUUUGUACUGUUUCACUUUGUUUUACAGCUGGGUUGGAAUUACUCGGUAAACCCAAAGCAUUAGAUGGUGUCAUAGACACGUCUCCUAUAGUGCAUUCAUGAUUACUGCACUUUUUUGACUGUUUUUGUUACAUUCCUCUGUAAUUUAUUUUUUUUCCUCAAUAAUCCAGUGUUUUCAGUUUGUGAUAUGUUUAAAGUGAUGUUAUGAUGAUCCUAUAAAAGGGAGCCUGCAGCCCUUUUUAAAUAAAGAAGAAAAUGGGAA